UUAAUAAAAAAAAACAAAAGAAAAAAAAAUAAUUGUCUUGUUUAUGUUCUAUUAAUAAGAAAAUGACAAAAAAAUUACUAGUAUUAUGUCUGGUGCUAAUGUUUGCAUCAAGUGUGGUCUAUGAAGUGCAAGGGACUUUCUUAUUAAAGCUUUACUUGAGGAGGAAGUUUUUUCCCAGACGUUGUAUCGACUUUACCCCUUUUGCUGCCAAGGGUAUGUUGAUGCUCAUCAAGAACCUCCAAGGUGGAUGUCCUGCAACAAGAGAGUUCAAAGAGUUCUUUACAAGGUUCAAGUCUUAUAUUAGCUUCAUUAGCUCAGUAUCAUCCUCAUCCAAAAACGUUGAUACGGAGAUGGAUGGGAGAUGUGAAUUACUUACCAAGGCUUUGUCUGUACUGACUGGUAGUAAAAGCAGCCAAACAUCGGAAUUAAAAUCUACGAUGCUGUCAAUGGGAAAGACUUUGGUUGAGCAGAAGAGACAAGGUUCAAAAAUAAUGACAUUGAAGCAAAGGAAAGAAUUGGUUGUGGCUAUGGUGAAAUGGACUCGACUUGUUAUUACAAUUGUAAAGAGUGUUGCUGAGCAGGCAGGAAAGUCGAUUGACGAAUCAUCUUACGGUCUUGAUGUCGAUGUUAACUCUAGCGUUCGAAAAAGAACUGAUAAUGAUGAUGAUGAUGAUGAUGAUGAUGAUGAUGAUGAUGAUGAUGAUAAGGAAACCUCACCUAAAGGUAGAUCCCCACCUCAAAAUGAAUCCCCACCUCAAAGUGAAUCCCCACCACAAGGUGGAUCCUCACCUCAAAGUGAAUCCUCACCACAAGGUGGAUCCCCACCUCAAGGUGAAUCCCCACCACAAGGUGGAUCCUCACCUCAAAGUGAAUAUCCACCACAAAAAGGAUCCCCACCACAAGGUGGAUCCUCACCUCAAAAUGAAUACCCACCACAAGGAGGAUCCCCACCUCAAAGUGAAUCCCCACCACAAAGUGGAUCCCCACCUCAAAGUGAAUCCCCACCACAAGGUGGAUCCCCACCACAAGGAGGAUCCCCACCUCAAGGAGGAUCCCCACCUCAAAGUGGUUCCCCACCACAAGGUGAAUCCCCACCACAAGGAGGAUCCCUACCACAAGGUGGUUCCCCACCGCAAGGAGGUUCCCCACCGCAAGGAGGUUCCCCACCGCAAGGAGGUUCCCCGCCGCAAGGAGGUUCCCCGCCGCAAGGAGGAUCCCCACCUCAAAGUGGAUCCCCACCUCUAGAUGGAUCCUUACCACAAGGUGGAUAUGUUACUCCUAGCGUAGAUGCUUUAACGAAGAAAGAGUCUAACAGUCAAACUGGUACUUCUUCCAAUACAAAAGAGACCAACACUGGAAGUUCUGGUAGCACUCUCACAGAUACUACUGGUUCAACAUCAGGCAGUCCGAGUGGAAAUCCCACUCCCACCCCUUCUUCUUCAACUCCUGCAUCUGGCAAACCAUCUGAAAAGGAGAGCCCUAGUACAACUCUGGGCAGUCCUAGUGGAAGUACCACUCCCACCCCUUCUUCUUCAACUCCUGCUGAUGGUAAGACCCCUACUCAAAAGAAGGAAGAAUCCUAUAGCGGAAUUGCAAGCGGUGAAGGAAGUGAAGAAGAAUCCAACAGUGGAGGUGCUACUUCGCAAAAGAAAGAAUCCACGAGUCAAAGCUCAUCAGUGAAGGAGCUUGAGAGCCAAACUUCCUCAGAAGUCAUGUCUUUCAUUUCGAAUCUCGAGAAGAAGCAUAAAGACAACGCAGAACUCAAAGUCUUUUUCGACAAACUAAAGACUUCCAUGUCUGCUUCCUCAAAGCUUUCUGGCUCAAACACAAAAGACAUUGUCUCCGGGAUGAAAUCUGCUACUUCGAAACUAUCUGAGGCCAUGAUGUUCGUCCGUUCAAGGUUUAGCAAAUCCGAAGAGACCAAGUCCAGCAUGGAAAGUUCCCAACAAGAAGUAUUGAAGACUCUCAAGGAACUACAAGACAUCAAUAGCCAAAUCGUAAGUGGCAAGAAAGUUACAUCAACACAACAGACAAAGCUUAAGCAGACAAUCACCAAGUGGGAACAAGUCACAACCCAAUUCGUUGAGACUGCUGCUUCUUCAAGUUCAUCUUCAUCUUCAUCCCAGACCAGUGCAAAAAUGGCUCAGCAAAACUAAGUUAACAUACCUAACCAGCAUCAGUCAAACCCUAAAACAGCAAGAAAGACUAAAUAGUACCGCCAAAUAUUAUAUUUUAGUAGCUUACUAGAGAUUUUGUUUUUGGUCUUUUAAAUAAAACUAAGAUUGGUAUAGGCCAAGUGGCUAUCUAUAAACCAAUGUAUGUAAGUAAACAAAGAAAACGUUGUAAAAAAUAAAAAUAGAUUGUAAGCGCUCUGUAUUGUUAACAUACAUAAGUGAGUAAGACCCAUUU